AUGGCACCAUCGCUUCCUACAAGACAGCUUGGCAAGAAUGGUCCUCAAGUCACCGCACUCGGCUUCGGCGCCAUGGGUCUGUCUGCCUUUUACGGCAAGCCUGAGUCCGAUGAGGACCGCUUCAAGAUCCUUGACAAAGCGUACGACAUGGGCGAGACAUUUUGGGACUCAGCGGACGUUUAUAUGGACAAUGAGGACUUGAUUGGCAAGUGGUUCAAACGGACCGGUAAGAGGGACGAUAUCUUUUUGGCCACCAAGUUCGCCAACACCAUGAAGGAUGGGAGCAUGACGGUCAGAAGUGACCCUGAGUAUGUGAAAGAGGCGUGCGAGAAGAGUCUGAAGCGCUUGGGCAUCCCCACCAUUGAUCUUUACUACUGCCAUCGCUUGGACCGAAAGACACCGGUGGAGAAGACUGUCGAGGCCAUGGCUCAAUUGAAGAAAGAGGGCAAGAUCAAGUAUCUUGGCUUGUCUGAAGUCUCGUCUGCCUCGCUCCGCCGUGCCCACGCCGUCCACCCCAUCUCCGCAGUACAAAUCGAGUACUCCCCCUUCACCACCGAUAUCGAGUCCCCAGACAUCGCUCUUCUAAAAACCUGCCGCGAACUUGGUGUCGCCACUGUCGCCUACUCUCCUCUAGGCCGCGGUAUGUUGACCGGCGCCUACAAAUCACCAGCAGACUUUGAGGAGGGCGACUUCCGGAGUCGCUCGCCCCGCUUCUCGGAAGAAAACUUCCCCAAAAACUUGAAGUUGGUGGAAGAAAUCAAACAGAUUGCACAGAAGAAGGGUUGCACGCCGGGGCAGCUCACUUUAGCGUGGCUGUUAGCACAAGGCGAGGAUGUGAUUCCCAUUCCCGGGACCAAAAAAAUCAAAUACUUGGAGGAGAAUCUAGCAGCUCUCGAAGUCAAGCUUACGUCGUCUGAGAAUGCGGAUAUCAGGAAAGCAGUCGAAAAUGCUGAAGUACACGGACAGAGGUAUCCCGAGCAGAUGAUGGUGACCCUGUUCGCUGACACCCCUGAGCUAAAGUAG